UCGAAUAUAUUAAUAUCUUCUCUAUCUGAAAUCCUGAAACUGAAAUCACAUUUUGCAACAAGAGGAAUCUGAAAUUGAGCCUUUGGCAAUAAUAAUUACACAUAAAUCCCAACACUGUCUCCAAAUUAAUACACACCCCCUUCAAAACUCUUCACUACAGUUUUCUCCUUUCUCCGCUCUCACAAGUCGCACCCUCUGAAAAACUCACACUCAACGACAAUGUCGGCCGCCGGAAAACCAAAAUCCAACCCUUUCGCCGCCGCCGUCUCCCUCCUCCUCCUCCUCAACUGUGCUUCCGCUCUCACCAACCCCGACACCCAAGCGCUCCUCCUCCUCAAAACCUCCGCAGACCCGAACGACGUCGUCCUCGCAUCCUGGAACUCCUCGUCCGACCCAUGCACGGGCUCGUGGCUCGGGGUUUCGUGCCUCCACGGCCGGGUGUACCAUUUGGUUCUCGAGAAUCUCGGCCUCCGCGGCGGCUUCCCCCGCUCGAUCACCCUGCUCACGGCCCUCCGGCUCCUCAGCCUGAAGGCAAACGGGUUUUCAGGCCAGGUGCCAGAUCUAUCGAACCUCACCAGCCUCAGGUUCAUCUUCCUUUCACAUAACCGUUUUUCCGGCGGCUUCCCCGUCUCGUUGUCUUCGAUUCCGAGACUUUACCGCCUCGAUUUGUCGCACAACAACUUCUCCGGGAGAAUACCGUUGAGCGUGAACCGAUUGACUCAUCUAUUGACGUUGAGGUUGGAGGAAAACGGGUUCUCGGGUUCGAUUUCGGGCCUGACCUCGCUUACUCUGCAGGAUUUCAACGUCUCCGGUAACAACCUCGGUGGGGAAAUACCGAUUCCUCUUUCGAGCUUCCCGGUGGAGUCAUUUCUGGGCAACCGAGUUCUGUGCGGGUCUCCUCUGGAAAAAUGCAAGGUGGUCUCCAGCGACCCGACCAGGCCAAGCGGGGCCAUGGCAUCUCCUGUCAGCCCGAAAACAACUGUUGCCUCUUCCCCAACUGCAAUUCCGUCCGAGAUGAAGCCUCUGAGUAAGCGGACAGCUGCUGGCCGGAGCAAAAUCAGCUGGCCCGCCAUAAUCGGCAUAAUACUGGGUGAUGUUGGGUUUUUGGGGUUAUUGUCCCUGCUUAUCUACUGCUAUUUCUGGACAAAUUAUUCCAAAAAAUUAGUUUCAGGGAAAAGCAGAGGCGCGCAAGUGGAGAAAAUCGUGUACUCGUCGAGCCCGUACCCCAACCCCGCUCAUUCCGGGUACGAGAAGGGUAAAAUGGUCUUUUUCAAUGGGGAGAAGAGGUUCGAGCUGGAGGAUUUGCUGAGGGCGUCGGCUGAGAUGCUGGGAAAAGGCGGAUAUGGGACUGUGUAUAAGGCUGUCUUGGAUGAUGGUAGUGUGGUGGCCGUGAAAAGGUUGAAGGAUAUGACUGUGAAUGGGAGAAAGGAGUUUGAACAGAAAAUGGAGUUUAUGGGGAGGCUUAGGCACCCGAAUCUGGUGGGAUUGAAGGCCUAUUAUUUCGCCAGGGAUGAGAAGUUGCUGGUUUAUGAUUACAUGCCUAAUGGCAACUUGUUCUGGCUUCUUCAUGGCAACAGAGGGCCUGGACGGACUCCACUGGACUGGGCCGCGAGGUUAAACAUCGCUUACGGAGCAGCCCAUGGGCUGGCUUUCAUCCACAGCUCAGGCAAGCCCAUUAGACCCGUCCAUGGUAACAUCAAGUCCACAAAUGUUCUCAUUGACAAUGACGGCAACCCUAAACUAUCCGACUUUGGGCUCUCGAUUUCUUCCUCCCCAAAAUCCAACGGCUAUCGAGCGCCUGAAUCGCCGCCAGACGGCCGGAAACAGACUCAGAAAUCCGAUGUCUACUCAUUUGGGGUCCUCUUGCUGGAGCUCCUGACAGGGAAGAACCCACAUGUCAUGGAUGGUAAUGGGCCGGGCCUGGGCCUGGGCCUGGGCCAGGGCCAUGGUGGGCCGGUGGUGGUGGACCUGCCUAGGUGGGUCCGGUCUGUGGUGAGAGAGGAAUGGACAUCUGAGGUUUUUGAUCUGGAGCUUGUGAUGUGUAAGGGUAUUGAUGAGGAGUUGGUGGGUUUGUUACAGGUGGCGUUGGCAUGUGCAGAGGUCUCUCCAGACAGGCGGCCGAGGAUGGAUCGUGUGGUGAGGAUGAUUGAGGAUGUGAAGGGAGCUGAGGUGUCACCUUUGCAAGAGACGGUUGGGUCGGGCUUGGGAUUGGGCUCGGGCUUGGGCUUGGGCUCGCCGGUGGGCUCUGAAGGGGAAGGGGUUGACAGUUGAGGUAGGGCUUUGUAAAUUCAAGUUUUUUGUUUGUUUAUGGGAGUACGGAGUUUUGCUUGUUUUAGUUGGGUGAGUCUGUGUUGGCCAUUUUUGUGACUGAGAUGUGUUGUGUUUUGUUUUGGGGCAAAAAUGACUUGGAGUAGGUUUUGCUUGAGACUUGUUUUGGUUUCAACUGUUGAAGUUGCGUUGGUUUUAUUCGAAUUUUGUU